AUGGUCAACACCGGGAAGCCUUCGCCGGGCUGUUUUGCCUGCAGGUCAAGGCGGAUCAAGAGGGGCUGGAAGUGCCCGGGCUACCGGGACCUCAACGCCCUGAGGAUCGUCGACGAGACCCAGAAGCAGUUCACCCGCUUCUCGGGCGACAAGGAGAGGGACGACGACGGCCCGGGCGUGUCGCCGAGCAAGGACAUCAUCAUACGGCAGUACAUCCCGCCGGGCGAGCGGUCAUCGCCGUCCAGCGCCACCACCACCACCACCACCACCAACACCGCCGCCAGCAUCCGCGGCAGCAGCACCAGCAGCACCAGCAGCAGCCCCGUCGACGGCCCGUACCCGUCCCCGGUGUCGCAGGCCGCCACGCCGCACAGCCCAAAGAGCCCGCUCAACUACGCGUCGCAGUGGUCCAUGGAGAUCCCGCGCUGCAUCGGCACCCCCGUCGGCGAGCAGGUCUACAGCUACUUCCUGUCCAACUUUGUCCAGGGCACCUCGCUGCGCAACCACGGCUACCUCGACUUCCUGUUCCCCCUGCUCGCCAACGAGCCCCCCGGCAGGGACCACCCGCUGCCGCUGGCCUUCUCCGCCACCGCCAUGAUCGCCUUUGCCGCCCGCCAGAAGGUGCCCGACCUGCUCCCGCGGGCCGAGGCGACGUACCUGCGCGCGCUUGAGGCUACCUUCCAGGCUAUCGGGGACCCCAAGAAGGCGCGGGAUAACUCGACUCUUGCUUGCGUGACGUUGCUGACCACCUUUGAGCAACUGAGGCCUUCCCGGCCGUCGUAUCAAAAAGCAGAGGCGUUUGGUUCUCAUCUCGACGGCGCAGUGGCGCUGCUCAAGAUGCGAGGCAAGGACGUCUUCCAGACGGUCGUCGGCCGCAAGAUCUUCCUCAUCCUGAGGUCGUUACUCGUAUCAAGAAGCAUAUGCUACGCCACCCCCCUCGAGCCAGACCUCUACCACCUGACCGAGGAGUUCGAACAAGACCCCUCCCAGCACCGCUUCGCCGAGCUCUCCCUGCGCGCGGCCGACCUCCGCGUGGGCGUGGAGCGCGUCCUGGGCGGCUGGGGGCUGGGCCACGCGCCCCUGCCCCACCCUCCCCCGAGAGCGACCAUCGAGGCCCUCCUCCGCGAGGCCGACGCGCUCGAGGCCGACUACGAGGCGCACGUGUCCGCGCUGCCGAUCGCGUGGAAGGGCAUGACGGUGCGGUGCAUGACGCGCGCCGACCCGGCCAUCAUGGGCGGGAUCGCGUACGUGGGCCGGGUCGACGCCUACAUCGACAUGUUCAUCUGCUACAUCCUCAACUGGGCGCGCGCCGCGCGGCUGUACGUGCGCAACACGGCCAUGCGCUGCCGCGCGUGGCUGCUGGGGCCCGAGGGGGACUACCGCGAGGGCCCCGGGUACGAGGCCACGAGGGUGCUGUGCGAGGCGCUCAUCGCUGACAUCGUCGCCUCGGUGCCGUACGUGUUUGGCGCGGCGAGGGCGAGCUCGGGGCAUAGCGAAGGGGCCGGGGGUGGGAGGUAUCAGCCGCCGAGCCUGGCGGGCGUGUUCUGCAUGUGGCCCGUGUUCGCGGCGGCGAGCUCCGACUACGCGACUGAGACGCAGAGGACGUUCAUGAAGAGGACGCUCAAGUACAUCUCGGAGGAGAUGGGCAUCGGGCAGGCCGCCAUCCUCGCAGGGUACAACCUCCGAUCGCCGUCCAUGCCCAUCGCCUUCACGCGCAUGAAGCAGUUCGAGCAGCUGGGCAAGCCGCUCCACGGCGCGGCGGUCGGCGCGGCGGCCGGGUCGACGAUGGCCUCGGGCCUGCGGGACAUCGUCAAGACGACGGGCACCAUCAUCUACUCGCCGCCGCCCUCGGCCCGCCCGCGGGUGGUGCCGCUGCAUAUACACCAGCAGCCCGAGCUGGACUAG